GAAAAACAAAAAUAAAGAGAAAAAGAUUGACUCAAGUAAAGUUAAAAAUUCGAUAGAAAUCAUGAAGGACAUGAAGGAGGAGGAUAACAAUAAAGAAAUUGGAUUAAUGGAAAAAAUAAAUACUAAAAGUGAAAAACCCCCAGCUCCAAAAACGAGUAAUUUGACACAAGAAGAUUUGGAUCUAUUAGGGAAGCUUGAUGUUAGCAAGGCUGCAGUAGGAAAACAGCGAGAGAGAGCAGGUGAUUUAUAAUAGUACCGACCUCCGCUUAAGUUUGACUCAGGAUCCCGGACCUCCUUCCUCAAACCCUGGAGCUCUCGGAACUUGAGCAAUUAGACUAAGUCCAAAUCGAACAAGCACAAAACUCUCAUUCACACAGCCCCAUGACCAAUUCAAAAAUUUUACUCGCUCAUUACCUCUUUCCCUUUAAACAGGAAGCAUGUCACUGCCUCGUUCAUUAUCCCCAAUCCAACAACAACCUAAACGUGCCUUUUCUAUGGACCACAAGAAGGAUGAUGAAACUCCGGACGAAAGUGAAGGAUCAACGGAAGAUGAUAGCAAUGAUUCGGCUAUAAAAGAGGAGGCGAUCGAGGAACAAAAUAAAGAAGAGGCAGUACAGGAGCAGAAUACUGUAGUUGAACAAAAGCAAAGUAAAAAUACUUGCCCGAGGGUUUCUGCACCAAAAAUUUACUGCAGUCUACCUUCAACUGGGGUUCGUCCAGAAAUGACGCAAGAAGCAACGAAGGAAUGUUCAGAUAUUAUUGUUGAUAGUGGACAUUUGAAUGAAAAGGAUGGAAAAAUUUAUGUUGAAAAUUAUAAAGUUGAGAUAAGUGGAUUGAAAAAUGUAUGUUAUUAA